AUGCAGCCCCAGCAAGACGGUUCCCCGGAGCCUCCUUAUUGGACAAGGAGUCAGGGACCUGCCCCGGCAGCACCCCCUGAGGAGGACCGUUCGUCUGCAGUCAGGGCUUUGGGAGAGUCUUCUACCCUGAGUAGCAGCGCUACCGGUGAGCUUGAAUCCUCGACCUCCAUCCCUCUUAGUGGACGGCCCAAUGAGCCUGUCAUUUGGGCUUCAAGUGUUUUUGGUUGGGAGGACACCUUUGAAAUGGAGGACACCGGGUACGUCUCCAGCCGCAGCACCGCCGCCACCUUCCACUUCCUGCGGGAACUGUGCCGCAAGAACGGGAAGGAGACAACGGGGCGGGAGGUGACGGAGAAGGCCCUCAAGUCCUUACGCCCGGAGAUCCGGAAGGCAUUGGAGGGCGACGUGCUGAACCACCCCCGGCGAGAUCGCAGCCCCCGGCGGCACGACGACCGGAGGGCCAAGGGAAAGGGCAAGGGCAAGCAGGCCUUUGCCGCGACCGCAGCUCCGACCAAGGGGACCGGCUUCCAAGGGGCCUGCUACAACUGCGGGGAGCACGGGCACACGAGGGCCGAGUGCACCAAGGAGCCCAAGGGCGGAGGCUCCAUGAGGAAACCGGGGGCCUACUGCGGCCACUGCAAGCGGCGGGACUCCCACACCGACAACGAGUGCUGGGAGAAGCAUCCCGACAAGCGGCCGGAGAAGUGGAAGCAACCACGCGCCGGAGGACCGGCCCGGCCUGCCUACGCAGCCGCGGAAGUGGGGGGGGAGGACGACCCCAUGAGCCCCGACUUCGACCCGUUGACCACCUGGGGCGCCCACCUGCUGGGCCAGGCGACAGGAGUGGACGUGAUGGCUGUGGGGACCCCGGAGGACUACCCGGAGGUGCGCCCCAGCACCAUGGCGCAGCGGGACACGGAACCCGCAGCGCGCGCCCGCACGGAAGCGGAGCGCAUGCGCGCAAAGGCGAGCAAAGAUCGCCUGCGGCGCGGGGGGCCUCCCCCGGCUUUCAGGCCACAGGGGGAGCGGCCCCCACCGGACCAGGGAGCAGGAGAGGCAGCGCCGCCGGCGACAGCAGAGGCGGCUGAGGGACCGGGGCCCGCACAGACGGGCCCGGUGCAGCGCCUACUACCUAGCUUCGGGGAGUGCCCCGUCACUGACCCCCGGUACCAGGGGGCAGAGGACCUGGAGCGCGCAGGGGUGCAGCCCCACCUCCUGGCGGAGCCCACGGGGGGGGGAGGCUCAUCCUCCGGCGACGAAGCCGAGGAGGAGGGGAGCGAGGAGGAGGGAGAGGACGCUGAGGGGGCUGCUGGAGAAGCAACUAAAGAGGAUUACGGCGUCGAGGACAUGGGGGACGCAGCAGACCUCACCCCCGCUGAGCGCGCCAUGCGGACUAUCCCGGCGAGGUACCGCUACUUUCCCCCGGCCCAACUCCCCACCAUGGCCGAGGUCUACCUCCAGAAGCACAUCGCGCUAAUGGAGGAGAACUUCCGUGCCGACCCCAAGGGCAACCCCGACCGUGAGGAUCACCGCAACCCGGGGUGGCACAAAACCCCCCGGUGGUCCAACUUCAAGCCGGAGGAGCUGGAGGCCUACAUCCUGUGGCACGGCCGGUGGCUGGUGACGUACGAGCAGCACGCGCAUAGGCGGCUGCACGUGGGGGAGACAGUGGCGGCGCAGGACGCGUAUGUCCUGUCUGCCUUGGGAGCGGCCCAGCGAGGACUGCGGGCCUACUUCCGGGACUGCAACGAGUCCCAGCUCACCAACCCCGACUUGCGGAUGAUCGUCAACAUCCACGAGUGGUUGAUGGAGCCCCCGGUGGACCGCCCGGAGGAUGACUACGCGGUUAACCUAGGGCCCCCACCGGAGGAGGAGUUAACCCGGCCGGCUAAGGCGACUCCCCACGGAACGCGGCUCCGGGUGCCCCUGUCCCUGCUGCAAGCUUACUUCACCCAGCGCUAUGGCACCAACUGGGUGGAAGGCUUCUUGCAGAACCGAGUGGUCAACUACCCGGAGGGCAUGCCGAACCGCCCCACUCCCUGCCACGACUACAAGCUGCCUAGCACCGGACCACUGUCGGAGGGACCGGUGACCCCAGAGAGCGUCCCCAUCAAGGCCAAGGUCAAACCAGCGACCAAGGCCAGGCCCAACACGCCCCCAGGGUUGCGCAUCUUAGUGCGCGACGCCUGGAAGGACACCGAACCGGAUGGGUCAAACCAACCACACGGUCGGAUUUGGCGCGAACCCACACCCCCGCCGACCGCAGAGGACCGGGGUGGAACCACACCGGCAGAGGGAGGAGCCGGGAAGGAGCGCGGAAAGAAGCGCCCGGCGGGAGCGGCAGCGGCCGGGGGAGGACAACCCCGGGGCAGCAAAGUCCCCAAGAAAGUUCCGGAGAGCACGGGGCCGGAGGCAUCCGCAGCAGCAUCGAGUGCCGCUGCUAAGGGGAAGGCCAGGGAGCCAACCCCGGAGGAGCCUACCGAGGAGGAGGAAACCGAGGAGGAGAUGAACGAGAGGCUCGGGGAAGAGAUAGCAGAACGGGUGAGGUACAUGUACUCGAUCCACACGCGGAACCCGGAGUUCUACGAGGGGGUCACCACAGCCGAGCUGGUGGCAAUGUACAUCAACCUCAGUGCGGAGGAGGUGAGGACGGAAGAGGGGCGCCGCAUGCACCAGACGUUGGUGUAUCACCAGAUGCAGGCGGAAAUCGACCUGGUCGAGGGGAACAGCGAACAGCAUCCCAUUGAGGAGAUGUUGCAGCUGGACAACAUAACGGCUGCCGCCCCCCUGACCCAGGAAACCCUCCAGCAGUACCUCGCCCUUGCCCCGGAGCAGCGCCUUAACCUCCGGGGGUACAACCUCUACAGCAAGUUCCUCCGCCUCCGGGCCCAGGAAUUGCGGGAGGGAUUUGCAGACGAGAUAGCCCAGCACCGGGAGGAGGAGCAACGGGAGGAGGAGCAACGGGAUCAGCGACCUAGCACGCCCCCGGCAACCACCCAGACUUUCCCAGUGGCUAAAAGAACUGCCAUCCCAAUCCCACCAAUAACCGCAGGGCCCUCCAUCCCGGUGGGCCAGAAGCGGCGCGCGGCAACCCCUCCGGAGAUGGAGGAGAGACCUAGGAAGGUCGCCGCGGAAGACACUAGAGACGCAGAAGGCGUGCUCACGGGGUCAAGAUCCGAAGCUGCGAAAGUUCCAGCAGCAGACACCGUCUCGGUGCCCGCAGCUGGAGGGGGGGACCAGCAGGAGAAGAAAGAAGAAAAAUCGGCGGAGACCGGAGCUGAGGGGCCAGAAGAGCCCGGGGCAGAAGAGGAGACGGGAGAAGAAGGUCAGGGGUCAGGGCCAAGCACAGGCCAAGUGUCAGGCGCAGGCGGGGCAAAACCGGGGGGGAAAACCAAAACCCAGCCCGGGGAGGCAGGCCGGCAGCACGGAGUACCUACAACCUCCCUGUCGGAACCCACCUCGGAGCUGGAGCAGGCGCUGGCGGCGGUCACAAUGGUCACCAUGUCCACAUCCUCGCACUCCAGCAAAUUGCAGGUUGCCAUGGGUACCGGGUCGUUUAUCGCGCUCCCCACCACCAGCAUCGAAACGUUCGACACUUCCGACCUAACCCCGGUGCCGAGCGACACACCAUCGACAUGGGAGCAUGUGGCGGCAGACCUGGGGGAGACGGUGCGGGCGCUGUACCCAAAUGGGCCUGAGGAGAACCAGCUCAUGCAGGCCGUGGCGGACGAGGCGGGCUACCCACCGCUCCAUGCGGUAGGAGGGCAGGAACUGACCCGGAUCUUGGUGGAAGACCUCCGCCGGACCUACCCCAACAACCCCGAGGUGGCUGCGGUGAUGGUAGAUGACCCCGGAGAGGUGACCCGCCGCACCGCCCAGCGGCUACACGACUACCGCAAGGAGCGAGGCCUUGCCGCAGCCGCGCACACAGAGGCGCAGGAGCUGGAAGCGGCAGAGGAGGCCAAGAAGGCGGGCAAGGUAAAAGCCAAGGUGGGGGAGGAAGUGCCUCCCACCCCGGAGAAGCCACCGGGCCCCGGGGCCGCAGACGGAGUUCCUGCAGCACAAGGGGCGCAACCGGAGGGAGGCGUAGCGGAGGAGUUACCCGCAGCGCCUGAGAAGGAUCAGGGCGAGGGAGCUGCCGGAGGGGCGGGACGAGUGGUACCGGAGGCCGUGAUAGCGGCCCCUGUCUCUUCCCGGCCACCUGUACCCGCAGCCCCCGCCAGUGCGACCCCGGUCACACUCGCCUUGGCCAUGGCCGGACGUGCGGGCUUGGCAGCACCGGUGGCCAAACGACCCCCGGUGCCAACAGACGUGGUGGUACGGGUGGGAGAUGUGUCUAUUUCAUGGGACGAAUCGAUUGGGCAGGCCGUCAACCGGGCCAGCAAUGCCAUCGUGCGAAACAUCCUCCCGCACUACCUCCGGGGCCCCAAUCUGACGGCCUUUGUGGCAGCGCACCUGUACGAGGAGCUGCGCCGCAGACCCCCGGGGGUACCUACCCCACCUCCAGUCCCGCCAGCUAAAGGCGAGGAGCAGGAACGACAGAGCCCGGGUCCCACGGACGAGCACCCACAGCGGGAGCAGCCCCGGAGGGACCACCCUGAGGGCGACGGAGGCGGAACCGGAGGACAACCGGCACCGGCCCCCGCGGCAGCACCUGGGGCAGGGGGACAUCAGGCCCAGGGCCCCAAGGCGGGGACCCAGGGCGGGCAGAACGCGGGGGGAGCGGCUCCGGGCGGAGCCGGCGAGCGUGCAGCGAGGGAGCCAGCCAUUUCCCGGGCGCCAGCGCGGCCAACACGCCUCCGGCGAUGCAUUACGCCGGAGUAG